AUGCUUUUUCAGGAGAGUGACGAUGCACCAGAUGUAGGUGCCGGUGGCCCACGCGUCUGCUGCUCUUCUGUACAGCGAGACCAGCUCGACGUCGACGCCUCGAUUGAGCAGCACGACAUAACCACGGCCCCUCUCUUCAGCCGCGAAGCGUUCAUCGCGUCGGAAAUCCUGAAGAGAGCUCGCAAUACGGAGUGCCCGCAGUCGAAGACGCAGCACAGCGACCCGUCCGGCGUCCACGUCCCCGCCGAGCCCCGCCUCUACCUGAACACGAACGCGCCCUUCUCCGCGCUCGUCUGCGGCGUCCAGGGCGCCGGCAAGUCCCACACCGUCUCCGUCAUGCUCGAGGGCAUGCUCAUCCCGGACUGCCCGAGCGUCGGCACGUGCAAGCGCGCGCUCGCCGCCUCGUCCUCCACUUCGGCGAGGGCGGGCCCGGCGCGCAGCCGUGCGAGGCCGCGUGGCUCGCGCGCCCGACGCCGCCCGCCGCGUCCGGGUGCGCGCGCCACCGGUGCGCGUGCUCGUGUCCGCGUCGGCGCUGCCGGCGAUGGCGGCGGUGUACGCGCCGCUGCGGGGGCGGUCGCGUCGGUGGAGCCGCUGCGGAUCGCGGAGGCGGAGCUCGACGCGCAGGGGAUCCUGUCGAUGAUGGCGGUCGGGGACUCCGCGCAGGGCGCGCCGCUGUACAUGCAGACGGUCCUGGCGUUCAUCGAGAGGAUCAACGAGGCGAUGCGGGAGAUGAACCCGCAGCAGAAGGCGAGCCUCAAGCAGCGGCUGGUCAUCCUGGAGUCGUUCGUGGACGCGAAGGGCGCGCGCACGGAGUCGCUGUUCGCGCCCGGGCAGCUCACCAUCGUCGACCUCUCCGACCCGUUCAUCGACCCGGGCAGCGCGUGCGCGCUGUUCGAGAUCAUCACGCGGCUUUUUGUCAGGGCGAAGAUGGAGACGGGCAAGGUGCUCGUGGUAGACGAGGCCCACAAGUACCUCUCGGCCCAUCGAGGCGAGACCGGGCUGACGAAGGCUCUCACCGCGCUCAUCCGCCAGCAGCGCCACCUCGGGAUGCGUGUCGUGAUCAGCACCCAGGAGCCUACCGCAGUGCCCCCGGUGCUCAUCGAGCUCUGCAGCAUCGCGAUAUUCCACCGCUUCUCCUCGCCGGCGUGGUGGGAAGCCGUGGCGAGACGGUCUGUCGUGAAGCUCAAGACGGGUCAAGCUCUCGUCCUGUCGCCGAGCGGCCUGGGGUCCGUCGAAGGGAAGUCGGCGAAAACGAACCGGGUCGCGCAGUUCGGCCGCCGGUAUUUGCUCAUGAAGACCAGGAAACGGGUCACCCAGGACGGAGGGGCUUCGAUCUGGCGUUGGCUUCGUGACCUGAGCCUCGGGGAGUGA